AUGUCCUCAGCCGCUUCUCCUACCGGUGCGAAAGAGCUCCCUGGCGACGAUCCCGACGAUGUCCUCUUUUCAAAGCUCUACGGCGUCAGAUUGAUUGAGCUCAACCGACCAAAGAAACUGAACUCGCUCAAUGGUUCCAUGGAAUGGGAAAAAUCACAACUUGCCAACAUUGUGAUGAUCUCCGGCGCCGGAACGAAGGCAUUCUGUGCUGGCGGAGAUGUAGCCGAACUUGCAAAGCAGAAUACGGAGGGGGUUAGCGGCCAGCAAAAAUCCAGGGAAUUUUUCGGGCAGGAAUACCAGCUUGAUCACUAUAUUGCGACCUACAGCAAGCCCUAUGUUGCAAUCCUGGAUGGAAUCACAAUGGGCGGCGGAGUUGGGCUCAGUGUGCAUGCGCCGUUCAGAAUAGCUACUGAACGUACCAUGUUUGCCAUGCCUGAGACCACCAUCGGCUUUUUCCCGGAUGUUGGCGGCUCUUUCUUUCUCCCACGCCUCGAUGGAGAGAUUGGUACAUACCUGGCCCUUACAUCUGAGCGUCUAAGUGGUGUCCAGGCCUUCUACGCUGGUAUUGCAACCCAUUACCUUCCAUCCAGUGCGUUGGGAAACCUUACUACUCGACUCUCCGAGUUGGUAUUUAGCGAUACUGCAUCGUUACGCACCCGUCUUGACCUCAUCAACAAGACAAUCUCCGAAUAUACGGUUUAUCUCCCGCCCCUGAAAGAAGAGCCAAUGCUGCUCUCCGGCAGCCUCCGUAAGUCAAUAGAUCGAUGCUUUUCCGAGACAACUGUCGAGAAUAUCAUAUCUGCGCUGGAAAAGGAGACGGAGAACCCCGAGUGGGCACAGAAGACUCUCAAAACGCUGGCUCAACGCUCCCCUAUUGCCCUUAAGGUCACGCUCCGUCAACUUCGUGUGGGCAAGUCAUGGUCCAUCGCCGAAACAUUCCAGCGAGAGGACCAGAUUGCCGGACAUUUCAUGGCUCAUCCGGACUUUGUUGAGGGCGUCUCGGCCAGGCUUGUUAACAAACCGCCAACCAAACCAGUCUGGAAACACGGGUCACUUGCUGAAGUCACUGAUGCUGAGGUAGACGAGUUCUUCCGUAUCCCUGAAGGCGAGAACCGCCUACCAUUAUUGAACACCAGUACGGAUUACAUGGAAUACCCACAUGCCAAGUUUGCCCUUCCUACAGAAGGAGAUAUCAUGAAAUUUGUCAGAGACAAUGCUCCGGUUCGUGCGAGCCAAGUCAUCAAGGAGUUCAUGGUACGAACCGAUGCGAAACUUGGGGUAAAGGAAAAGGUCCACGAAGUCUUGAGCCGAAACACGAAAGAGACGGAAGAGGGCUUGGUUUUGAAUUAA